AUGGGUUUGACUGCAGCAAAGCCACUUGGUAUACCUAUGGAACAGAAUGUAAGAUUGAGUAGCAAGCCAAGAAAUCCGGAAAAGGAUGCUUUGAUCUCAGAUCCAAGCAUGUACAGGCACUUGAUGGGUAAGCUGUCAUAUCUCACUGUGACUAGGCAUGAUAUAAGCUUUGUUGUGCAGGCACUCAGUCAAUUCAUGAAUGAACUGAGGAGAUCACAUUAUACGGUAGCAACAAGAGUAGUCAGAUACUUGAAAGGCUGUCUAGGACUUAGAAUCAGACUCGCAGCAACACAGAAUGCCCAACUAGAGUGCUUUGUGGAUGCAGAUUGGGGAACAUGCCUAGACGCUAAGAGAUCUGUGACUGGAUAUGUAGUCAAGUUUGGUGGCUCGCCAAUAUCCUGA